AUGGCAUAUCCCAGUCCGUACUCCAGAAAGGAACAAGCAGGAACUGGUCUCGUCAUUUUCGAGUCCCCACCCUGGCUUCAACCCCCUGGAGAAUCGCCUAAGUUGUUGAACCUGCAACACUUCGUCGCCCAUGUGGAAGUAAUUCACAAAGCUGAGCAAACUAUAACACAUGAAGCACCUCAUAAGGCUAUUCCCGACGAACCAGACAUCGAGACACCCGAGCGCAGAGAUCAGCACAUGGAUGGCACCCGAUAUGAAACUAGCAACAGGCCGACUCACUUCACUAUUGCUUGGUCACGAUCGAUCGUCAGUUGA